CAUUUCAAACAAGCAUCAUGGCGGCGCUUCGAAAGCAAGACAAGUAACUAUCGAGCAGCUCAUCACUAGAUUGCUCUUAUGAGACCCUCGCGCUCCGACUUCUUUACGACCAUAAGAUCAAGCAAAGGUGCGGAAGGGCUUUCCCAUUUCACUUGGCCAUACACUGAGGUGUCUAAUGGCCUCCAGCCCGGGGUUGUCCAUGUGAGAAGGGCAGACACUUAAAGAGAGAGAAGAGUUUCCCACAGAGCAUGGCCUCUGCCGAAGAAGAUGGUGUGGAUGAAAGAAUGGUGGGCAUUAAAGAAGAGGACUGUGAGUGGCUCACACCAGAGGAUGUGUGUGUGAAGCUGGAGGAUCACGAAGAAAGCAUUUCAGUUUUUAAAGUGGAGGACUGCAAGGGGGUGACUGUUGCCAUUAAAGCUGAGGAUCUGAAUGAUUUCUCCGUUGGUCUUGAACUUCAAAAGCAUGAAAUUGAGGAUAUUUUCAAGCAAGAUGGCUGUGAAGAAUCUCCAUCCAGUUUACAGCCCUGGCUCACUAAUACGGGACGACUGGCUACACUGGAGAAUUCAGCAGAGCUAAAAUCAGAGUUAUUGGAGCCUGAAGAGAAAAUCACCGAGGGAAAUGGGAGAGAAGGAGAAGAGUCACCUAGGAGUGUUGGAAUAAAUUUACAGAAGAAUGGCAGCUUCUCUCCACCUUCGUUUGGUCAGCCCUCUCUUCAAUACAAUGAGAAAGGUAUGAAGAAAUCGGCAAGAGGAUCAGAGAACCUGACAGCAGCCUUUUUGCAGUGCAGUUCUCUCCCUGCUAUUGGAGUGACACAGACAGAAGCCAUCAAAACUGAUCGACAGCAAGUGGAGAAAGAAAUCCAAAUUCACACUGGAAAAAAAUGUUGUUUGGAAUGUGGCAAACAAUUCACACACAAAAGUGAUCUUAAUAAGCAUAUGAAGAUUCAUACUGGAGAAAAACCUCAUUGUUGUCCAGAAUGUGGUAAGUCAUUCUCCAGGAGAAACGAUCUUCAGAGCCACAGAAAAAUCCACACAGGAGAAAAACCUUAUUAUUGUCCAGAAUGUGGCAAACAAUAUUCUGACAAACGCAGUUUUCAAAGGCACACACAAAUACAUACUGGAGAGAAAAUGCAGUAUUUAUGUUCUGAAUGUGGUAAAUGUUAUACAAGCCAGAAAGGUCUUAAUAUACAUGCUAAAAUCCAUACUGAAGAAAAAUCUUAUGGCUGUUCUGAAUGUGGGAAACGAUUCUUUCAUUUUCGCCCACUUCAGCGCCACAUCAGGACUCAUACUGGAGAGAAACCUUAUUGUUGUCCUGAAUGUGGUAAGCAUUUUUCAGAACAAAGCACCCUAAAGAUUCAUAUCAGACUUCACACUGGAGAGAAACCUCACCAUUGCCUGGAAUGUGGCAAACAAUUCUCACGCCUCAGUUCUCUUUAUAGUCAUAGGAGAAGUCAUACUGGAGAGAAGCCUUACAGUUGUACUGAAUGUGGAAUGCGAUUCUCAUAUAACAGUUCUCUUCAUAAACAUAAAAUAAUCCAUUCUGGUAAGAAACGCAGCUGUUCAGAGUGUGGCAAGCUUUUUACAGAAAGCAGGACUCUUAAAGAUCACAUGAGAAUUCACUCUGGAGAGAAACCCUAUUGCUGUCCAGAGUGUGGCAAACGAUUCUCACGUCAAAGUACGCUUAAGAGCCACAGAAGGAUCCACACUGGAGAGAAGCAGUACAUUUGUUCCGACUGUGGCAAGCUUUUCUCAGAAGGCAUGUCUCUUAAAUAUCACAUGAGAAUUCACUCUGGAGAGAAACCCCAUUCCUGUCCAGAGUGUGGAAAACGAUUCUCCCAUCCUAAAUCACUUAGGCGCCACAGAAGGAUCCACACGGGAGAGAAGCAGUACACCUGUUCUGAAUGUGGUAAAGGGUACUCUUCCAGAAAAAGUUUUCGAAAACACACACAAAGUCAUAUUGGAGUAAAGCCUGUCCCAGAAAUGACAAAUGAUCUUUCCAUUGGCUCCUCAACCAAACAAAUUGAAGAGAAAUCUUCUGAAUGAGGUAAAGAACUCCAGUUUAAAGUAGUUAAUAGGUACAGUUAGGUCCAUAAAUAUUUGGACAGAAACAACUAUUUUCUCAUUUUGGUUCUGUACAUUACCACAAUGAAUUUUAAAUGAAACAACUCCGAUGCAGUUGAAGUUCAGACUUUCAGCUUUAAUUCAGUGGGGUGAACAAAACGAUUGCAUAAAAAUGGGAGGCAACUAAAGCAUUUUUUGAACACAAUCCCUUCAUUUCAGGGGCUCAAAAGUAAUUGGACAAUUGACUCUUUGGCUAUUUCAUGGGCAGGUGUGUUCAAGUCCGUCGUUAUGUCAUUAUCAAUGAAGCAGAUAAAAGGC